UUCCGUCACGCGCACAUGCGCAGUGAGUUCGCUGUAGCUUCCAGUGGAGGAAUGAUGGCGUCCUCUGCAGCCCGCUGUUCCUCACGCUGGAUUACAGUUAUCGUGUCUUCUGGACAACGCAGGGCCCCCGGUGCUGUUAUUGGCGCCGGCCAUGGAGGUGUUCGCGGUUUCUCGUCACUGGGAGCGGAGAAGCUGUGGCGGGGAGGGAACAUGAUGUGUGACGGAGCAGGGAAAGGGUUGACAUUGAGAGGGCUGUCAGGUAUCAAAUCGCCACAUGCCAUCAGCACACUGUCCUUUCACACAAGUGCCCCUGCUAGCAGCAAGCAGGACUUCUACCAGGUCCUGGGUGUACCUCGUGCAGCAACCCAGAAAGAGAUCAAGAAAGCCUACUACCAGAUGGCCAAAAAGUAUCACCCUGACACCAACAAAGAUGACCCUCAAGCCAAGGAAAAAUUUGCUCAGCUGGCUGAAGCUUAUGAGAUCCUUAGUGAUGAAGUGAAGAGGAAGCAGUAUGAUACUUAUGGCUCAGCAGGCUUUGACGCUGGUCAGGCAGGUGGAGGGCAGCAGUACUGGUCUGGACAGGCCCAUAAUGUAGACCCAGAAGAGCUCUUCCGCAAGAUCUUUGGAGAGUUCUCUGGAGGAAGAGGCUUUGGAGACUUUAAUGCCAUAUUUGAUCAGCCACAGGAGUACAUCAUGGAGCUGACCUUCACUCAAGCAGCCAAGGGGGUCAACAAAGAGAUGUCUGUCAAUAUAGAAGCAGCCUGCCAGCGGUGUGAUGGUAAAGGCCACGAGCCAGGUACCAAGGUGCAGCACUGCCACUAUUGCAAUGGCUCCGGCAUGGAGACGGUGAACACAGGCCCAUUUGUGAUGCGCUCCACGUGUCGUCGCUGUAGUGGCAAAGGCACAGUCAUCUCCUCCCCAUGUCACUCCUGCCGCGGCUCAGGACAGACCAAGCAGAGGAAGCCCGUGAUGGUUCCUGUACCUGCGGGCGUGGAGGAUGGUCAGACAGUUAGAAUGCCAGUUGGUAAAAAGGAGGUCUUCAUCACAUUCAGGGUCCAGAAAAGUCCACUGUACAGGAGGGACGGUGCAGACAUCCACUCUGACCUUUUAAUCUCUGUGGCACAAGCCAUCCUGGGAGGCACAGCCAGGACACAGGGCCUUUAUGAAACAGUUAACCUAUCAAUCCCUGCAGGCAUCCAGACAGACCAGAGGAUACGUCUGGCCGGGAAAGGAAUCGCUCGUGUCACUGGCUAUGGCUUCGGAGACCAUUAUGUCCAUGUGAAAAUAAAAAUACCCAAGACACUCACAGACAGACAAAAGAGUCUGCUUAUGAGCUACGCUGAGGACGAGACAGACGUGGAGGGGACGGUGAAUGGGAUCACUGCCACCACCACAGGUGGGGGCAGCAGUGGUAAGCGGUUUGAGACAGGGCAAGGGGAGCAUGACAAGACUAAAGGAGAGUUGAAACAAGAGGGGGGUUUCUUCUCCAAAUUAAAGGGAUUGUUUAGUUCUUCAUGACAGCCACAAACCAGGUAAAAGGUCAUCCUGGAACUGAGACGCUUCUUUAGUAGAUCAGCAAGCAGUAGGGAGGACAGAGGAGAACAAGAGCCACCACUUAAAGAGACAGGUGGUUUGGGAUUAUUUGGUGUUGGAGGAGGCCUACAGAGGUUCUGGGGCAUCAGUAAGGACCUAUCUACCUACCCAGACCUGCAGAAAGGCAGAAGAUAACCUAUCCCUGGGAACCCACAUACAAGAGGAUGUUCCAGUGUGCCAAUCACCUCUCCGUCAAACUUCAAUGGAGGAAACAGAGACUUUUCAUGGAACGUAGCAGUUGGUGCGAGGUGGUUUUCUGAACAACAUAAACCACUCAUAAAUUAUUGUAUUAAUAAAGUCUACAGAUAUAGUCCAACGCUUUAUUUGGGAUUAAAUGAACCCCUUGUUAUUAAUCCUCCCUUUGUUCUGUAUGCUUUGGUUUUUCCUUCCAGUAAUGCUAGAAUGUCCCUCACAAUGACAGUCCCAAAAAGUUCAACAUCUUCAAAGUACACAUUAACCUUUCAGUUUAGGUGUAGGACAGUGAAAAGCUGUGUCUGUAGAGGAUAGUGAGUCUCUCCUGAAUGGCAAACACUGAUACCUGUUCCUCUUUUAGCCCUUUGCAUUAUGCACCUUCAUUACAUUUGUACAUAGUCAGCUGUGGAUAAAAUGGCUUUAUCAAUGUGUCAUACAAAAGGUAUACUGUAGAUCUAUAAUAAAGCUAUGGUCUGGGAAAUAA